AUGGAUGGCGUGAUAGAAGCAAUACACAUCUUUGAUGAGAGGAACUCGCCAAUCCUGUCACAUAGCUACACAUCCCGACCAAUUUCCGCCGCACACCUCCUACCGCUGUACCUGGCCCAUCCUGCGCCGCGGCCAAACGUCCUCCUCGUCCCAAAUACCAACCCGCCGACGCUCGUCUUCAGCCUCAUCCACGGCAACCUCCUCUUCCUCCUGACCACAUCCAGCGAGGUCGAACCUCUCCUCGUUCUCGAGUUCCUCCAUCGUGCCAUCGAUGCCCUCGAAGAAUUCCUCGGCGCGCCCCUCAUCUCCCACAAGAUCGAAGCCGGCUACGAUGUGGUCGCCCAGCUCCUCACCGAGAUGUGCGACGCCGGCACUGUCGCCACCACCGAGCCCAACGCCCUGCGCGACAUGGUCGAGGUGGAGGGCUGGAUGGGCAAGCUGCUGGGCUCCAUCACCCUCCCCGGCCAGGUCAAGGACCUGAGCGCCCUGGGCCGAGCUCCCAGCCCGGGCAUGCCCUCGCUCGCCCAGACAACCGCCCCCGCGCUGCCGUGGAGACGGGCCAACGUUCGACACACCAGCAACGAGCUGUACGCGGACGUGGUCGAGACGCUGAGCGUCACGCUUGCGCCGAGCGGCAGGCCGCUUGCUGCUUUUGCCAAUGGCACCAUCGCCUUCACGAGCAAGGUGUCGGGCGUGCCGGACAUCACCGUGACGCUGAACGGGCCGUCGGGCAAACACAACCUGGGGGGCGUGCUGGAGCUGCCCGUGUUUCACCCGUGCGUGAGGCUGGCGAGGUGGAAGGAGCAGCCUGGGGUGCUGAGCUUUAUACCGCCGGAUGGGAGGUUCAUACUGGCUGGGUAUGAGGUGGACCUGCUGCCCUUCACCAAGAGCGGAAACCUGAGCGCGAGCAGCCUCAAGCUGCCUGUCAACAUCGAGAUGAAGACGGGGCUGGGGCCGACGGGGUCGGACUUUGAGGUCAGGGUCAAUCUCAACAAGAUCUUCGGCGCCAGCAGCAGCAGCAUCAGCAGUUCGAGUUCCACAGGGUUUGGCCGAGGAGGCGCCAGCGCUGGAGGACGAGGCGCGGCACAGUCCUCGCCAAUCAUGGACGACAUGGUGAUUUCCGUCCCGCUGCCCGAAGACGUCAGAAACCUGCCUGAGAUACGACCAUCCAAGGGCGAUGCGACGUACAACCCGGGCGACCGAGAGCUGCAGUGGUAUAUCCACGGCAAGGAGUUGAGCGCGGGUGCGACAUACUUUAGCCUCCGAUGUACUGUCGUGGGUCAGCCCACAGGAGAGGAUGUUGAUGACGCGCCGAUGAAGAGCGACUAUGCUUAUGACGAGCCGUAUCAGGCAGAGCCUGCGUCGGCCAGACUAGUAGACAAGACCUCGGGGGGCCAGGAGACGGACGAGGACCGGGAUGCGAAGAAGAUGGCACAGAACAAGAUCCUGAUGCCCAGCUCGGCAUCUGUCAGCUUCACGGUGAAGGGGUGGCUGCCGAGCGGUAUCAAGGUGGAGAGCAUCCUGCUUGAUACCAGGAAGAGCAGAGGGCUCGGGGAAGGGGUGAAGCCCUACAAGGGCGUCAAAUACCUCACCGUGUCCAAGGGAGGAGUAGAGAUACGGUGUUAA